AUGGUUAUGGAGGUCGAGAUAGUUUCCAAGGAAUUGAUCAAACCCACUUCUCCAACACCCCAUCAUCUUAGAACACACAUGCUUUCUUUUUUGGAUCAGUUCCUUCCUCCAAUUUAUGUUCCUAUGGUCCUCUUUUAUACGAACCAAGAAGCCAGCAUUUCAUCAGCUGAUAUCAUUGCCAACAACUCUAGGAGGGCACAAUUUCUCAAACAAUCUCUAUCGGAGACCUUAACUCUCUUUUAUCCGUUCGCCGGAAGGAUCAAGGACCAUCUUUCCAUCGAUUGUAACGACGAGGGAGCUUACUGUGUGGAGGCAAGAGUUAACUGCUCCCUUUGCGAAUUUCUAGAGCUCACUGACUCGUCCAAUGUUCCUCUGCUCCUCCCGGCCGAAUCUAGUUGGACUACACCGAGUGCGGGAGGUUGUGUAGCCAUGAUACAAGUCACGACUUUCUCAUGCGGUGGCAUUGUUAUUGGCGCGUGUAUCUCGCAUAUGAUCGCCGAUGGAACUGCCGUUACGACGUUUCUUAGAAGUUGGGCUGCAAUGUCUCGCAAUUCUGGUGAGGAAACUGCUUAUCCUAAUUUUGAUGCCUCUUGUGUCUUCCCACAGAAUGUGGCAUACCCCAGGGAGGCAACUCUUUCAGCUCUGAUAACCCCAUUUCUCAGAAAAGGAAUAUGUCGAACUAUGAGAGUUGUUUUUGAUGCCUCAGCAAUAGCUUCACUGAAGGCCAAAGCAACAAGUUCAAGUGCAUCGGAUCCGACACGAGUGGAGGUUGUUUCAGCCCUCCUCUCUAAGUGCAUCAUGGCUGCUUUCAAAACAAAAUCCGACAUCCAGAAAUCAACUCUUAUAACCCACGCAGUGAAUCUUCGUCAAAGGGCAGUACCGCCGAUCCCGAAACAAUCGAUGGGAAACUUCCUAUGCAUGGUAGCUGCACUGGUGAUGACAGACGAAACAAAGUUGGAUAAAUUGGUUUGCCAUCUGAGGAAAGCAAUAAGAAAAGCUGAUGGCGAUUUUGUUGCUGCCCUACAAGGAGACGACGGAUGUCUUACAUUUUGUGAGCACAUAAAAGAGAUAGGUAACGUAUCGUGUGGUGAAGCCGGUGAGAUUGAUAAUAUUAGCUUUACCAGCUGGUGCAACUUUGGUGUGUAUGAGAUAGAUUAUGGGUGGGGAAAGCCGACGUGGGUUACAUGCACUGCUUCCACUGAAUCAGAAACAGUGUUCAUGAAUUCGGUUGUUCUCAUGGAUACGAAAAUGGGGAACGGAAUAGAAGCAUUGGUGUACUUGAACGAGCAACAUAUGGCUAUGCUAGAGCAGAACGAAGAGCUCCUUGCGAUUGCUACCGUGGAACAAAGUCCAAUGAAUUAA